AACAACUUGGGUUGACUUAUUUACAUGAUGAAUAGAAUAAUUUUAUUUCUAGUGAGUAAUGAAGUAAAAUGAUAAGUUAUUGUAUUUGUUUAUAGCAUUACUGGUACUGUUUAAAAAAAUGCUCCUAACAGUUUAAUUAGGUAUACUAACAUAAAAAUUUCAAUAUCACAGUUUCCUUGUAAAUUGCAAAAUCACCAUUACAGACCUCAAUAGGCCUAAAAUUGUGAUAAAUUAAUACAUAACAAGAACAAAAUGUUGAAGCAAACAGUGUCUACAGUUUCAGAACAUAUAUUUCCAGGAAUUGGAUAUUCAUUUGGUAGCAAUUCUAGCUUGCCACAAGUUAAAGAAAAACAUGAGGCGAUCAGUAAUUUCCCACUGCAAAUGGCGUUGUUUUUCAAUGUUGCUUUUUUCCCCGUGUGGCUCGUUACCAUCAUAGUGAUGCUACCGUUGAAGUACGACAAACUACCAGACUUGAACAAGGUGAUAUUGAUUAUAGCCUUGACUGCAGCUGUUGUGAUUGAAAUCACCAGACUGUACAUGGGUUAUUUAGGAAACCUCACAGGAAACAUCCCUGGCCUGGCAGGAUUCUGGAUGUUGUCACUCUUGCUGCAGACACCACUACAGCUGUUACUACUUCUGCCGGCGCUAAGGCCUGGCGUGGUGGAACUGGUUUCACAGGCCGUCAUGUGCUGUCUACUCACAGUCCAACUGUUCUCGGGGUUCCUGGCUCUCUCCGACUUGGCCCGACAUUCCUCCGCACGGUUCCACGUUUCCCAGUUCCUCUCCGAGAGAUGAGCUAUGACUGGGUAUAGUCAAGAAUAAUGGUCAGGGAUUAUGUAGCUCUUGUACUUCUUCCUUGUACGGAGACCAGUGACGAGUGUAGAGCUCUCCGGGAAAGCUGUCUGACCACCAAACAGAUUGUCUGUUUCUGUAACAUCACAGAAUUGCAC